AUGGAAUUGGGCAGCAAGUUUGUGUACAUUGGCGAUGGAUCUGACGACGAAGAACAGGUGAAGGAGCUCGAGUUUUGUGGUGUCGUCGUCUCUGACAGCGACUCUGAUAGCUUGGAUGACGGGGAGACGUGCUUGCUUGACAUACUGGACACAGCAGGUCAGGAGGAGUACUCCUCUGUACGGGACAGCUAUGUCAAGUCCGGGGACGGCUUCGUCAUCAUCUACAGCAUCACGGACAAGGCCAGCUUCAUCGAGGCUGAAACCAUUUUCCAUUGGCUGCAGAAAGUCAAGCAAGCCACGCCGUGUGCAAUUCUAGUGGCAAAUAAACAAGACCUCACAAGUGAAGCAGCUGUCACUAGCGAACAAGGAGCUGACCUUGCAAAGAAACUGGGUGUACCUUUCUUUGAAACAUCAGCUAAAACUGGCUCAAAUGUAGCAGAAGCUAUCAAAGGUCUUGUGCGAACAAUCCCCAGACUUAGCAGUGACUAUAAGCUUGUAAUGCUUGGCGAUGGAGCAGUGGGUAAAUCCUGUCUAACUAUCCGCUUUGUGAAUGACUCGUUUGUGGAGGACUACGAUCCGACGAUAGAAGACUCCUACAGGAAGAUGAUACGGGUCAGUGGACUGCAGGCGGUCAGCAAAUCGGAGAAAAACACGCACACGUCCAGUCAAGAAGUAUACAGUUAUGCAGAUCCAAGAAAAAAGAAAAGUUUAUUUUCAAAACUAAAACAUUCAUUUAAAAGAAAAUCUAAGGCUCCACCUUCAGCUAAAUGUGCAUAUUCAGUGCAACCUCCAAAAGGGUACGACGUGAAAGAUGGAGAGAGUGACGAAAAUGUAGUGAUAGUCUUAGAGAAGAAAACAGAUGGAAAUGUUGUGUUAGUUCCAUUAAGGAACCUGGCUAAUGAGCCAAAGCUGGUCACUGGGGACCCUAUCAAGUGUGGUCAGUGUUUAGCUGUCCUAACUAGCACAGCCAGGCUUGAGAGUGAAGGGGAACUUAAGUCAUGGAAAUGUGAGUUUUGUGGGUUUACCAACCAAGACUUGGAUAUAGCCGAGGAUGAGAUACCUAAAGGAGAAGAGUUUGAUUUCAUGCUCUCGCCUCCAACAAAACCUGCACAAAAAACCAACAACUCAGCAGGCGAGACCAGCAAGCCAGAGAAGAAGAAGGUGUCUGAGGGUGUUACAGUUUACUGCAUGGAUAUCAGUGGCUCCAUGAAUGAAAAGUGUCACGUACCCGAGUCUCACUCUUUAUGGGGACAAUCAAGAUUGGGCACAGAUGCACUGGUAAAUAAUGUCAGCCGACUUGAUUGUAUAAAAAAAGCAAUACAAAGACUGGUGGAGCAGUUAACGGUUGAAAAACCAAGGAAGAAAGUGCUGCUGGUUGUGUUCAACAACGAUGUGGUAGUGAAAGCUGGUGGAUGGGGGGAGGUCACUCUAAUUCAGAGCAGUUUAAUAUGCAAAACAUUCAAUGCAUUGAUUAAUUAUGGUUUAAGUUUAUCGGGUGGAUAUCCAUCGAAAACCAUUAAGGACACACGACAAGAUAUAGAUGAAAUUGUCAAGCAGAUACGAGCCAUUGGUGGUACAGCUUUAGGUCCAGCCCUUGCUAUAUGUGUAGGCCUUGCCAGCAGAACUCCAGGCUCUGAGAUUGUUUUGUGUACUGAUGGUAAACCUAAUGUUGGCAUUGGUUCCCUGCCUUCCUCGGCUGGUGAAGAGUUUUACAAACAGGUUGGCAACUAUGCCAGGUCCAAAAACGUCACCAUCAACAUUUUAGCUCUGGAGGGUGACUCGGUACAGCUCAACACAGUGAGUCAGGCAGCAGAGUUGACAGGUGGCACCACCAGUAAACUCAACCCUGCAGAAAUCAUCCGCCAGCUGAGGCUGAUUGCCCAGAACGAGGCUGUGGCUACAGCUGUGACGGUCAGGUUUUUCUUGCACCCAGAGUUUGUUUUUGAUGAGCCGGACUACAGCCCAAACUUGAGUCAGCUGGAGAAAGAAGUGGGCACUGCUCGAAAAGAAAGUAAUCUCACAUUCAGAUUUAAGCUUAAAGACACUACAGCAGCAAAGGAAAUCAAAUCUGUCCCAUUCCAGGUCCAGAUAGACUACACAAGGAAAGAUGGCAUGCGCUGCUUAAGAGUCCUGAGCAAAUCCUUAGAGACCACCACUGACAGACAAAGAAUGGAAGAGAAUAUCAACAUACCUGUGCUAAGUGUUUCAACUGUCAACACUACAACUAGCCUGGCCAAAUCAGGGAAAGGGAAAGAAGCUCAACAUCAACUCAAAAAUGUGAAACGUUUGGUGAUGAGAGCAGCCAAAUCAGAUGAGCAGAAAGAGGCAAGACUGGCUUACAUAAAUGAGACGAGAGAUUUGGACAAUGUGCUCACAAAUGAAGUUAAAACCUUUGAGAGAGGCCAGCUGGACGACAAGUCUUACGCCCUGCUAGGAUCCAAACAACAUAAAUAUUUGCACUUCUUACCCUACGCUCAGAAAGUGGAAAAAAACAGCAACAGCUGCAUGAAGCCAGAAGCCAAAAUGUUAUAUUAUGCGUUUCGUAGCGACAUGGUCUAGUUUGUGUUUGAAAUUGUGUUGACAUCCGACCAAAUGUUCAAUGUUAAAAUAACUUCGUCUUUGUUCUUAAUUGUAAUGUUGGACAUGAUUUCUUCUAACAUAAUUAAUUAUUACGUGUAAACCGGUUAUUCGCCGAUUGACUCUGAUUUCAGCCUGCUUUUCUUUCUGGAUUUGCUUUCAUAGCCUUUGUCCAUCCAAGAACGGACUACAGUAGUAAUUUAACAAUACUGUUUGUGUACAUGUUAUAUUGGGUUUUUAAAAUAAAAAAAAAUCGCAGUGGCUGUAAUUAAAGUCACAUAACCCAAAUAGCUGCAUGAAGUAAUUUGUUUUCUAAAAAUACUACCUAAACUAUUGGGUAAAAGAUUGGCAAAAUCAAGACGACAAUUUGCAUUCCUUCAUGCAGCCAAAGGUGGGAAAAGAUUGUGAGGGGGAGCACCGUGUUUAUAU